AACACUGACCAAGGAGCUAUGGACCAGCAAUUCUGUCUACGCUGGAACAAUCAUCCGACAAACUUAACUGGUGUGCUAACCUCGUUGCUGCAGCGAGAGGCACUCUGCGAUGUAACGCUGGCAUGCGACGGUGAGACAGUCAAGGCGCAUCAGAAUAUUCUAUCAGCAUGCAGCCCAUAUUUCGAAACAAUUUUCCUACAAAACCGCCAUCCACAUCCUAUCAUCUACUUGAAAGAUGUCAGAUACUCAGAAAUGCGCUCACUGCUCGACUUCAUGUACAAAGGCGAAGUCAAUGUCGGACAAAGUUCGCUGCCGAUGUUCCUCAAAACAGCCGAGAGUCUACAGGUGCGUGGUCUCACAGACAACAACAACCUCAACUAUCGUACGGAGCAUCGCGACUCACCCACACCCUCGCCCACUGGCCGCACACCCUAUAGCAGCAGCGGUAUCGGCGGCAUCAGCGAAUGUGAAACACGUGAGCGUGAUCAACAGCUACGUGGCCGCGCCAGCGAGCGCGAUCUGCGCGACGAUAUGCAUUCACAUCGUAGCAGCAGUAGUCUGAGUGAACGUAAUGCGGCCGCAGUUGCCACUGCCGCCAGUGUGGGUAGUGUAAGUGCCAGUUUACAAUCCGCCGCAGCAGCUUUGGGUUUAGGUGAACGUUCACCGAUCACAGCGGCCGCAAUGGCAGCUGCUGUGGCGGCUGCAGCAACACGUAGCGCUAGCGCUGAUGCGCUAGGUGGCUCGACGCAUACAGGCUGCACUGGUAGUGGUAGUGGUGGUGGCGGUGGUGUCGGCAGUGGCGGCGGAGUGUUAAACAGUCGCAACAGUGAUGCGAACAGUGAGCGCAGUGGCGGUGGUGCAGGCAAUGGAGGUAGCAGUGGUGGCGGCAGUAUUGGUCGUGAUCGUGCCGACAGUCGUGAUGAACUCAUGCAGCUAGACUAUAGUAACAAGGAUAACAGAGAUCGUGAUAGAGAGAUGUCCACCACGCCGGUGGAGCAUAUAGGUAGUAAUAAGCGAAGACGUAAGAACUCAUCCAACUGUGAUAAUUCGUUGACCUCGACACAUAACGCAAAUGUACAGGAUAGGCACUACACUCAGGAUUCUCAGGCAUCCUCACGCAGCAAUUUCAAAUCGAGUCCCGUGCCAAAAACCGGCAGCACGUCCGAAUCGGAGGAUGCUAUUGUCACAGGUGUUGGCGAUCGACACGAAUCACCCCUUUCCGCCAGUCAAUUGAGCGGUAGCGGUGGCGUUCUGGGUGGCGUAGGUAGCGGUAGUGUUAGUGCGAUUUCCAGUAGUAUUGGUCUCAGUCAAGCGCUUAGUAUUAAACAAGAAUUAAUUGAAGCACAACAACAGCAACAACACCAACAGCAGCAACAGCUGCAGCAACAACAACGUGAGACUCAUGUACCUAUGCCAACUGAAUACUUGCCGCCUGGUGCUUUGAAGCUACACCCCGAAGAGAUGUCUCAAUUACUAUCCACACAUGGCCUGCAGCCAGAUGGUCGAGAGGAUCAGAAUGAUGGCAAACAACUAACACUGGAUCAAUCGGACAACAUUGAUGGGCAAAUGGGACGACAUCAUCUAUCCGCCACACCGCUUUCGACCGCAUCAUCCGGUUCACCACCGCCACCACCACCACCACCGCCACACGCUUUCACCAUGCAUUUGAGUGCAGCGUUAAAAAACGAAUAUCAUCCAUUGGACUAUAUACGUGCAAGCAGUGGCAACGGCGGCACUAAUGGCGGUCCAGCCUCGCACCUCUACAAUCAAACGGCGAAUCAAAGCGUUCUAGGUAAUGGGCCAGGUGGUAAUAGCGCCAUUGUACACAAUUCCCAUCAUCAAAUGUCCUAUCAUAAUAUGUUCACACAAUCACGCGAGCCGGGCACAAUGUGGCGUUGCCGUUCCUGUGGCAAGGAGGUCACCAAUCGAUGGCAUCACUUUCACUCACACACCGCGCAACGUUCACUUUGUCCCUACUGUCCGGCCACCUAUAGUCGCAUCGAUACGCUGCGCUCACACUUGCGGGUGAAACAUCCAGAAAGAUUGCUCAAAUUGAGUCCAACUUUGUAAGCAAGCUCAGCAGUGGCCGGGGCAGCGGUAGAGGCCGAAAAAGAGGCUGCAGCGACAGGGGCGGCGGCGGCGGCGGCGCGAAGAGAGGCUGUAAUGUACACUACUGGAGGGAGCUAAAUACACAGAUAAACUCAUUGAUUGUAUGGAAUUAAAAAAAA